ACUUGGGCCGAUCCAUAAUGAAUCAGCUAAAUCAUGUGCCCUACUAUUACUAGCCCUCUCCUCUUCCCAAACUCUAUAAACAAAAAAUAUACGAGUAACGCAAAAUCUUGUUUCAAAGAAUAUCCGAUUCGCUGUAUCCUCUACAUAAAUACAAAAGAGAAAAAAAAAUUCAAAAAUAAAAAUAACAUAUCAUACGCACACAUAUGUUAUGUAGUAUUAUAUCGGAAUUCGGAACUAAUAGCAUCAACCUCCUCAAUUUCUCUCUAGCUCUUGCUCCGCCAAACGCGGAGGUGCAACAAUGAAGGACUACAUGAAGGAUUUCGAUGUUCCGGCGAAACAUCCGUCGGAAGCGGCGUUGCAGAGGUGGCGCGACGCAGUAUCAGUAGUUAAAAAUCCUCGCCGGCGUUUCCGUCAUGUUGCCGAUCUCGCUAAACGAUCUAUUCAUCAGAAUCGCCUUACCAAAAUCAAGGAAGAUCUGCGUGUUACCUUUAUUGCCAUGAGAGCUGCAAUGCGCUUUAUGGAUGCUGCUGCUCACCCUCAGAAUUCUCAUGAACGCAAUCAAGCAAGUGAUGUAAAACCUUCAGAAUUCAGUAAAAAUCCAGAAAAACUUGCAUCCAUUGUUCGUAAUUAUGACAUGAAGAUGUUCAGAUCUGUUGGAGGAGUUGAUGGAUUAGCAGAAGCUGUAAAUGUCUCGAUUGAGGAGGGAGUGAAAUCAAGUGAUUUGUCUAUCAGACAAGAGACCUAUGGCACCAACAAAUAUAUUGAAAAACCUUCCAAGAGCUUUUUGAUGUUUGUUUGGGACGCCCUUCACGAUCUAACUCUCAUCAUCCUUAUAGUUUGUGCCAUUGUUUCAAUAGGCGUUGGACUUGCCACCGAAGGCUGGCCAGAUGGGAUAUAUGAUGGGCUUGGAAUUCUACUUAGUAUUUUAUUGGUAGUCACUGUCACUGCUGUGAGUGACUACAAACAAUCUUUACAAUUUAGGGAUCUUGACAAAGAGAAGAAAAAGAUUUCAUCUCAUGUAACAAGAGAUGCAUGUAGAAAGAAGGUCUCUAUUUAUGACUUGGUUGUUGGAGAUGUGGUCCAUUUAUCAAUCGGUGAUCAAGUUCCAGCUGAUGGGAUUUUCAUAUCAGGAUACAACUUGUUGAUUGAUGAAUCUAGCUUAACAGGUGAAAGCGAUUAUGUCCAUAUCGAUGAAAAAAAACCGUUCCUACUUGCCGGGACAAAAGUGCAAGAUGGCUCAGCUAAGAUGCUUGUCACAGCAGUUGGGAUGAAAACUGAAUGGGGAAAGUUAAUGGAAACAUUAAGUGAAGAAGGAGAAGAUGAGACUCCAUUGCAAGUAAAGUUAAACGGUGUUGCUACAAUCAUUGGUAAAAUCGGGUUACUGUUUGCUGUGCUGACUUUUCUUGUGCUGACUGUGAGGUUUUUGGUGGAAAAAGCAAUGCGAAAUGAGUUCUCAAGCUGGUCAUCAAGUGAUGCUUUGCGUAUGCUGGAUUACUUUGCCACUGCAGUAACUAUUAUAGUCGUUGCAGUCCCGGAAGGACUACCUCUGGCUGUUACACUGAGUCUUGCAUUUGCAAUGAAGAAAUUGAUGAAUGAUAAAGCACUUGUGAGACAUUUAUCUGCUUGUGAGACAAUGGGUUCUUCAACUUGCAUAUGCACGGAUAAAACAGGAACUUUAACAACAAAUCAUAUGGUUGUUAAUAAAAUAUGGGUAUCUGGUGAAAUAAAAGAUGUCAGAGACGGAGAAGGCCGCGUUUUAUUUUCAAAAAUUUCAGAAAGUGUCUCAAACAUUCUAUUGCAAGGUAUAUUUGAAUGUACAGGUUCUGAGGUGGUGAAGGACAAAAAUGGUAAAACAUCCAUUUUGGGCACCCCAACAGAAUCUGCAAUAUUACAAUAUGGGCUAGAUGUAGGUGGUGAUUUUGAUGCGGUACGCAGUGAGAUUAAAAUUCUAAAAAUGGAACCUUUCAAUUCCGCAAAGAAGAAAAUGUCUGUUAUUGUUGCUCUUCCUGAUGGUCAAACGCGUGCAUUUUGCAAAGGUGCAUCGGAAAUAGUAUUAGGAUUAUGUGACAAGAUCAUUGAUGGCAGCGGAGAAACAACACCCUUAACUGAAGAGAAAGCAAAACUAAUUACAGAUGUUAUACAUGAAUUUGCAAUGGAUGCUUUGAGAACUCUUUGUUUGGCUUACUUGGAUAUUGAAGAAGGCGAUGCUGAAAAAAACAUACCUGAAAGCGGUUAUACAUUGAUUGCGGUCGUUGGAAUUAAAGAUCCACUUAGACCAGGGGUGAAAGAAGCUGUUGAAACCUGUUUAGCGGCUGGUAUUACUGUUCGUAUGGUUACUGGUGAUAAUAUCAACACUGCUAAAGCUAUUGCUAAGGAAUGUGGCAUACUUACCGAAGGUGGUUUGGCCAUUGAUGGUCCAGAAUUCCGAACCAAAACUCCUGAGGAAUUGAAUGAAAUAGUGCCUAGACUUCAGGUAAUGGCUAGAUCGUCACCCACAGACAAGUAUGGUCUUGUAAAGCAUUUGAGGGGCAUGUCAGAAGUGGUUGCAGUUACAGGUGAUGGCACAAAUGAUGCUCCAGCUUUGCAUGAAUCAGAUAUUGGAUUUGCCAUGGGUAUAGCAGGAACUGAGGUUGCGAAAGAACAAGCUGAUGUCAUUGUGAUGGAUGAUGAUUUUGCAACAAUUGUAAAAGUAGCUAAAUGGGGACGUGCUGUAUACAUUAAUAUUCAAAAGUUUGUACAGUUCCAGUUGACUGUGAAUAUUGUUGCUCUAAUGAUCAACUUUGUUUCUGCAUGCAUCACAGGGUCUGCCCCUCUUACAGCUGUGCAAUUGCUUUGGGUAAACCUGAUCAUGGACACUCUGGGUGCACUAGCACUGGCCACUGAACCACCAAAUGAUGGACUGAUGCAACGGCCUCCUGUUAAGCGUACAGACAGUUUCAUUACCAAGACGAUGUGGAGGAAUAUCAUUGGUCAGAGUAUCUACCAAAUGGCUGUCCUGUUUACUCUCAAUUUUGCUGGGAAGCCUAUUUUAAAUUUGUAUGAGCCAAAUGCAACGGCCACCCUUAAUACUUUCAUAUUUAACACCUUCGUUUUCUGUCAGGUAUUCAAUGAAAUAAAUAGCCGUGACAUCGAGAAGAUAAACAUAUUCCGUGGCAUGUUCAGCAGUUGGAUCUUCAUGGCUGUCAUGAUAGCGACGGUUGUAUUUCAAGUAAUCAUUGUUGAGUUUCUCGGCACUUUCGCAAGCACUAUUCCCCUAGAUUGGCAACUCUGGGUGCUUAGCAUUGUGAUUGGAUUUGUGAGCAUGCCGAUUGCAGCUGUUUUGAAGUGUAUUCCUGUUGAGAAGACUCAUGUCAGGGAACAACAUGAUGGUUAUGAGGUUCUCCCCGAUGGUCCAGAACAAGUUUGAACGAAAGCUGAAGAUGUUCUUACUUCAUUUUUCUUUUCUAACAUGGUAAUAAUCAUACAUUAUCGUACAUUAUGAUACUAGUAUUUUAAUUUGGCUGUUAAAAUUUUUUUUUUUUUUUCAAAAUGGCUGAUUUUAUAGAAGGAUGGAUUAUGUCUCCUUGAACAUUCCAACACAUGUUCACCUUUUGGUGCUCAAGUGAAAAUUUCGACCUAUUAUGGUUCA